AUGGUGGUACCUUUGCCAGCAGUUGCGGAGCGUAUGAACAAUCCGAAUAAUCCAGUCGUUUUCUUUGAUGUCACGAUUGGUGGACAGGAAAUCGGUCGAAUGCAAUUCGAAUUAUUUCAAGAUAUUGUCCCGAAAACUGUAGAAAAUUUUAGGCAAUUCUGUACAGGUGAAUACCGUAAAGAUGGUGUACCAACUGGUUACAAGGGAACAUCAUUCCAUAGAAUCAUUAAAGAUUUCAUGGUACAAGGCGGGGAUUUCAUUAAUGGUGACGGAACCGGAUCGUUUAGUAUUUAUGGCGGUGUACAAUUUGCAGAUGAGAAUUUUGAAGUGAAACAUUGUACUUGUGGAAUGCUGUCUAUGGCAAAUAGUGGUCGGGAUACAAAUGGAUGCCAGUUCUUCAUUACUUGUGCCCCUUGUGACUUUCUCGAUGGGAAACAUGUGGUUUUCGGUCGAAUUGUCGAUGGGAUGUUAGUUUUGAAGAAAAUUGAAAAUGUGCCAACUGGUGCUAAUAAUCGUCCGAAAGUUCCUGCAUCCACAGAAAUCGCCCCUAAAAUCUCCGCUUCUCGUGUGCUAAGCAGUACUCGUAUUUCUGAGUUAAAUGAUUCCAAUCUCAGUUAUUCAUCAAAAGUAGGCAAACUAUCACGGCAUCGAUUACGUGUUGCGCUGGAUGAUGAUGAUAGUGUUAGCGAUAAAGAAAAUGACUAUACAGAUCUUGACAUAUCCACUCAUUUACCGUCUUCUAUCCCUCCAAUUGAAUCAACCAGAAUCCCACGAGGUGAAGAAUCUUCGUCAUCAUCUGAUGACGAAAGACGUUUAAAUUAUGAAUCAUCAGAACAAGAAUCUAACAGUGGUGUUACUGAAGACGAAGCGGAAUCUGUUGUCAAUGAUGAUUCUAAUGAUUCACAUGUGAGAAAUAACCGUCGUCGUGAAAAUGACCUAAAACGCGACUCCAAACGACGUGCUUACUCACCAAAUGAAAUUUCCGAAGGAUACAAUACUAAUAACCAACAUGAACUGCCGUCUGGCGCAGAUGAUGAUGCGGUGGACACUGAUGUAUUGGAGAGAUUACGUAAGAUUUCCAAAGGAGCAGCGAAACGUGUUGUCAAGAAUCCUCGUCCCAAACUUGAUCCUCAAAGAUUAUUGAGUAACAAAGGUUUGCCGGCUCUGCUGGAAGAUUUCAAAAAAGUUAAAUUUCGAGGUAAAGGCUAUGAGUUUCAAGAUUUGAAUAGACUAUUAUUUGUUUAUGAAGCAUGGAGUCAUCGUUUGGUACCUAGAAUGAGUUUUCCUGAAGUUAUAGAUCGUUUGGAAAGUGUUGGAAGUAAACGUGAAAUACGUGUUGCUUUACAUCGACUUCGUAAUGGUAUUUGGCCACCAUAUACAAGUGAAGAACAAGCAGUACCAUCUGAUAAUGAAAGCACAUCAGAACAAGAAGAUCCGGAUGUAAUAUGGAAACGGGCUUUAGAAUCUGUUCCUGAGGAUGCAAUCAAUUCUACAAAAUCCCCAUCUACAAUAAAUGAUGUUUACGGAAAAGAAUUGAAUCAUAAAAAUGAAACUGAAGAUUCAACUGGCAGCUUCAACAUACAAUCACCACAAGUGCAACCAUCUACUUCAUUUGAUUUUGAGUCAAGAGCUGAAAGAAAUAAACGUUUAGCGUUAGAACGACUUGCAGCUCGAAAAGCUCGUUCUGAAACAAUUAAUAAUGGAAAAUUACAAUUGUCUACAAAUCAUAUAUUAAAGAAUGCCUUGAAAGCUGCAGUCAAUACCACCCCUCUGUUGAACAAAGCUGAUACCACUAAAUCAUUUCCAGACUCUCCUGUGAAUAAGAAAUUGGAUACUGAUAUUUCCAUCGAUAUACGCUGUUCAGAAAAUACUCAUACUGUUUCUUAUAAUGCUACUACCCUUACUAUAACACAUGACAAUCACGAGACUUCUCCUUUUUUGGAAGGAACUCCAGCCAGUCCUGACAAAUUACCAUCAGUUUUAUACGAACUAGCGUCACCAUGUCAUGAAGACGAGUCAGAUCUUGUUAUUGAUCUAAACUAG